CGGCUACUAUUGAAACGGUGCAUAUGGCACGACGCGUAAGAUCUCGACGCUACAUAUGGUCCGUGGCGCGGGACUAUAAAAGUGCUCGCGGAUGGAUCCACCGCUUUUGGAGCUUGCCUUCACGCCGCCAGGCCCGUCCCCCUCUCCCUACCCUCGGAUAUGUCGUCGCCGGCACCCAUCCACGAACUGCCCGCGACCUCUAGCGCGACGCCCGAGGCACAGGCCGCUCACCGCAAGCCCUCGCUGAGCGCGUCGUCGUACUCCAACGAGAAGCAGCAGGUAGACCCCGAGGUCAUCCUUGCGAAGGAGCUCGCGAAGGACUCGGAGGAGGUUGAGGCUGCUCGCGAGCGUCGUCGGGCGGCUUACACCCGCCUGCGCCCAUUUAUCUUGGUCGGACUCAUCGUCUUGAUCGGAGGUUGGUGGAUCAGCGCGACUAUCCUCCCCGCUACAAGGCAUCGAUGGAUCGUACAGACCUUCUGGGCUUGGUUCUUCAUCCUCGUGAUCGCCUUCCGCUUCAUUCCCAAUUCUGUGGUGACGCGCCCGGUCGAGGCUGUAUGGAUCCCCUGUGUCCAGAAGCCCUGGUUCAGCCUGCCAUACUACGUGCGCCUCGCCAUCGGCUGGGUCUGCCUCCUCGGGAUCGUCUUCGGCUCUGCGUUCGGGUUCCCCCUCGAGCAGAACUCGACUUAUGGUGAUCGCGCUAUCUCCGUCCUCGGCCUCUUCGUCUUCCAGUGCGGCUUCUGGCUCUCGUCGAAGCACCGCAAGCAGGUCCCUUGGCCCACCGUCAUUGUCGGCCUCUUCCUCCAGCAGGCGAUCGCACUCUUCGUGCUCAAGUCCAGCGCCGGCUUUGACAUCUUCAGCUGGAUCGCCACCCUCGCCGCCGACUUCUUGGAGCAGUCCCAGGCCGGCUCAGGUUUCUUCUUCGAUGCAGAGACCACCGCGAAGGGGUGGUUCUUCGUCAACACACUUGGUGCCAUCAUCUUCUUCAUCGCUUUCGUGCAGAUGAUGUACUACCUCGGCGUCAUGCAGUGGUUGAUCAAGAACUUCGCCUGGUUCUUCUUCAAGAUCAUGAACGUCUCUGGCGCUGAGGCCGUUGUCGCGGCCGCAUCCCCCUUCAUCGGCCAGGGCGAGUCGGCUUGUCUUGUCAAGCCCUACGUCGACCUCAUGACGGAGUCCGAGUUGCACCUCACCAUGACUUCCGGAUUCUCCACCAUCGCCGGAUCUGUGUUGUCUGCGUACAUCAACAUGGGUGUCCCGCCGCAGAACUUGGUCACUGCGUCCGUGAUGUCUAUCCCGGCGUCGAUCUCUAUCUCGAAGAUGCGUAUGCCCGAGACUGAGGAGCCCGUUACUCGUGGACAAGUCAUUGUUGACCGUGGUGAUGGCGAUGCGCAUCCACCGGCCAACGCUAUGCACGCCUUCUCGAAGGGCGCGGUCUUUGGUCUCAUUGUCGCCGGCCAGAUCCUCACGAAUGUGUUGACCGUGCUCUCCCUCGUCUCGAUGAUCAACGGCUUGAUGACCUGGAUAGGACGCGGUUUCGGCCUCCACGACGCCCACGCACUCACCCUCCAACUCGUCAUUGGCUACAUCUUCUACCCCAUCACUUUCUUCAUGGGCGUGCCACGCAACGAGAUCCUCACCGUCGCGCGCCUGCUCGCCACAAAACUCGUCGAGAACGAAUUCUCGGCGUACAUGGAGCUGCAGACGAUCAUGGGCAGCGACAACCCGCUCUCCGCGCGCGCCUACACAAUCGCGUCCUACUCCCUCUGCGGCUUCGCCAACCUGGGCUCCCUGGGCAUCCAGAUCGGUGUCCUGGGCGCGAUGGCGCCGAGUCGGAGCGGCAUCAUCGCGCGCACGGCGGUGUCGGCGAUGAUCUGUGGCUUCAUCUCGACGUUGCAGACCGCUGGGAUCGCGGGAAUGCUCGUGUAGAUAACUUAUAAUGAUGUAGAAUAAGUAGUCCUUGUGAUUCUCCUUGGGGUGCACUUGCUUGGGAUGGGACGGGACGUCGUCUUCAUGAGACGACCUACUUAUUUAAUGUACGCUUGCGCUAUGUGUAAUGUACUCACUAUUAGGGAGCUUGAAAUCCGUGUUGAAAUCUCGCUCUGAGCGAAGAAAGAUUCGUAAUGCAUAUGCGUACACUGUCCUGUGUUGUGGCGCCUAUCAGGCCCCUUCUACGUGCGCUUCGCAGUUUAUCGCCGACACAGUGCGAUCCACUCCCAGUGCAGGCCUCAGCCUUCUCAUAGAGGCUACUAGUAUCCAGCUUGCCCACUUAUCCAACGACUGACAGCCAAUGAUCAAGACAUCUAGAAGCCCGCCUCUGAGCUGG